AGUGUGACCCAGCUGUGUCUCUAAAACACUGCUGUUAUUGCACGAGCAGACCCUGUCCCUGUUGGGCCCCUGUUACACAGAGAAGACAUUAAUAUACUGAGUGUGUUGGUAUGAAGUGUGUGUUACUAGUGCUCGUCUGUGUGCUGGGAGCUGAUGUAGGUAAAGCUGAGGCUGUAUGUCCAGCUGCCUGUCACUGCUCAGCUGCGGUGGUGGACUGUAGCACUCGUGGACUCACCACUGCAACGCUGCCUUCAUCCUUCCCCGUCAGCACCACUGAGCUCCAGCUCCAUGAUAAUCACCUCACAGCACUGCCCACUGGACUGCUGGACAACAUGGAGGCGCUGCAGCUGGUCACGCUGCAUGGGAACCCGUGGGAGUGUGAUUGCGCUGUGCUCUAUCUGAGGGGAUGGCUGUUGAAACAGGACAACGCUGCUUUGAUAAAAAAUGUGAGCUGCCAUACUCCUUCUAGCCUGCAGGGGAGACUAGUGGCCUACCUAUCUGAGGACGAGGUGCUCAAAUCCUGUCAUUAUUGGAUGUGUGAUCUGGCCUUGGCCUCACAGGUCAGCUUGUUCAUCUUUAUCAUGGUGCAAGCAAUCCUCCUGGCUGUGGUGGUCCACUUCCUGCGUCGGUUCAACCAGCUGAGCGACGGUGCACAGCGAGCAGCUUCUGAAAGCUUUCACAGCUGAGACCAACAGCAUCUAAGCACCAACAACAAAAUCUCCUGAUGUACGAGGCUGAGUAGCCUCUUUUUACAUCACACUGGCUUUGUUUCACAACUGUUUUAACUUGCACUCAUUAGCGUUUUGUCACUAUUUCCCUUGGGGAGUCCUUGUUGUUAUUUAAAAAAUCUAACCUUAAUAAUCAAGCAACAUUCUGCUGAGAAGGUUUAAUGAUUUCACACAACGUUUGCAAUUGAUCUGCUCUCCCUAGAGUGUAGCUUUUCACAUUAGGCAAGUUGUUCAUGCCAAACUUGCCAUGUCUGUACAGAUUUCACUGGCUCUCAAAUAUUAGUACAACAAUGCAGCUAUCAGCCAAUCAAAACAGGCCUUUCCACUGAUAAUAUUCUUAAAUGCUCAGAACAGAAGUAAAUUAAGAGAAACUUAUUUCUUUACCUUUUUAAUCUAAUAUCACGGCAUCUGUAUGCAUUUACAUUUCACAUUCACAUGUACUUGCUUAAACAAAAUGUUGAUCUUUAUGAUGGAUAUAUUUGCAUUAGUGAACUGAAUCUCAAAAAAAGACCUCAAUAAAUCUACCAACUCCACCAAGAGGAAAUAAUUCCAAUAAAAUGUUUGAUGAUGUUAACAUGAUAAAUAAUAUAUUCACCUACCAUUUACUGCUACUAUCACUGACAAAACAUUCACUAAAAAACACAAGACCUAAGUUUCACCCAAGAAAUAUGAUCAGAAAUGUCCAACUGGCCAAAAAAAAAACAACCUUAAGCAGCAAAUU